AUGGUAGUGUACCUUGAGGAAGCUCCUAAUGCAAGGAAGAAAAACACACAGAGCUCCCCUAAACAGGAAGAAGAAGCACAAGAAUAUGGAGAUUCUGGCAAAAGCAGAGGGGAGAUGGGACAUGGACUCUAUCACAGCUUUCAGCAGCAACAGCCUGGGCCUCUGAGACAAGUGAGAGAAAGUAAUGCAGAGAUUCAAGAACUUAAAAAAGCCCAUGGUGCCUCUCAGAACGUGUCCCAGCAGAUUGUUCUGCUGACCUCCAAGAUCGCGAGUCUUGAUAACAAACUUCAAAGCCUAGAGCAGGCCAUCCAGAGCAGAGCCUGUAGUAGUAACCCCUGUCAGAACUCAGGGACCUGUGUAAAUUCCUUGGAUGGUUUCUUUUGUCUCUGUCCCAGCAACUGGCAGGGCCUCCUGUGCUCAGUGGAUGUUAAUGAAUGCCAGACUUUUGCUGGAACAGCAUUGGUCUGCCAAAAUGGAGCCACUUGUGUUAACACACCAGGCAGCUACAGCUGCUCCUGUACUCCAGACACCUACGGGCCUCACUGUGCCUCGAAGUUUGAUGACUGCCAGGAAGGAUCUGAGACUCUCUGUGUGCAUGGCCUCUGCAUAGAUGAAGAAAGGGAUCAACACAACAGGCCCAAGUACCGCUGUAUCUGUGACGCUGGCUGGAUGUCUCCUCCUGGCAGCCCUGCCUGCACUGCUGAUAUAAAUGAAUGCAGCCUCCCUAAUUACCCAUGUUCACAGGAUCCACAUGUGCAGUGCUACAACACUCUAGGCUCCUACUCAUGUGGUCCCUGCCCCUCAGGCUGGCAAGGAAAUGGCUUCACUUGCCGAGACAUUGAUGAGUGUGCAAGCAAUAAUGGAGGCUGCUCAACAGCACCAAUGGUUCAAUGCAUCAACACGAUGGGAUCCUUCCGCUGUGGGCUCUGUCCACCAGGUUAUGAGGGAGAUGGACAAACAUGUACCCAGGUUGAUAUCUGCUCAAUAAAUAACGGAGGGUGCCAUCCUUUGGCCACUUGUACCUCAGCUCCAGGGCCAAUGCCAUUUUGUUCCUGCCCAUCUGGGUACACUGGAAGUGGAUAUGGGCCAAAUGGGUGCUCUCCUCUCAGUGAUAUCUGCCAGCUGCAAAACCCUUGUGCAAACGGGCAGUGCUUGGCCACAAUCUCUGGAUAUUUCUGCCUGUGUAAUGCAGGCUGGACAGGCCCUAAUUGUACGGAGAACAUUGACGAAUGCAUUAGCAACCCAUGCCAAAAUGGGGGGACCUGCAUUGAUGGGGUCAACAGCUACUCCUGCGAGUGCACCAGUGCCUGGACAGGACCACAGUGCCAGACUGCCCAGCAAGUUUGUGGAGGAUACCUCUCAGGCUCCAGGGGGACUUUCAGUUACCCUAACAACCCCAACAGCCAGCAGUACAGCAGUGGGGUCAGCUGUGCUUGGGUUGUUCAAACUAAUCCCAACAAGAUUCUGCAUGUUACUUUCCCAUUUUUCCAACUGGAGGCAAGCAAUGAGUGUAACUCUGACUUCCUUCAAAUCCAUGAUGGGCCUUCAGCAUCAACACACAUGCUGGGAAAAUACUGUGGCUCCUCAGCUCCUGCAGAGCUUUUCAGUUCUCACAACUCUCUGUAUUUUUGGUUGUACUCAAACCACACCAUUACAACUGGAGGUUUUACUGUUCAUUGGGAAUCUCGGGAUCCUGAAUGUGGUGGUCAGCUGACAGGUACUUAUGGCUCAAUAAGCUCUCCAGGAUAUCCUGAUAACUAUCCUGUAAACAGAGAUUGUUUCUGGACCAUCUCAACCAGUCCUGGCCUCCUCAUCACAUUUGCUUUUGGCACACUAAGCCUAGAACACCAUGAAAACUGCAGCUAUGACUAUUUAGAGAUUCGAGAUGGUCUUCUUGCACAAGACCCUGUCCUUGGUAAAUACUGUAGCACUGAAUCUCCACCCCCACUCCGAACCACUAGUCCUUAUGCAUGGAUUCACUUUCACUCUGAUGACUUAGUUACUGAUAGAGGCUUCCACAUUCUCUAUACAACAUCUCCUGCAGAUCCAAGCUGUGGAGGAAAUUAUACAGAGAGUGAAGGGGUUAUCACAUCCCCUUUCUGGCCUAACCCUUAUAUCAACAGUCAACAAUGUAUCUACAUUAUACAACAGCCAGAGGAUGAAAAAAUAUUCCUCAACUUCACCCAUAUGGAGCUGGAGAGUCAUGCUGGUUGUUCAACAAGUUAUAUUGAG